GUGAUUACCGAAAACAUUCGAUUUUUUUUUAUUCAAAAAUGUUGGGGAACGUAGAACUUUCUAAUCCGAGAGAAAACUGAAACAUUUUCAAUGCAAAAUGUUGAAUACAAAAAAAAAAUUCAUUUAAAAAAAUUGGCAAAAUAACGAUUAUUGUUAAUGGGAUUCACAAUUGUUGCAUGUGAAAUAGCUGCCACUCAUAUUGGCGCAUUUCAAGUCAACAGCUCCAUGGCAUGAAUCGCAGUAGAUAUCGUAUUUGAUACGAGACGCAAAAUUUUCGUUUGCAUCGGGGCGCAUAUGGUAAUUUUUUCAUAAUAAUGCGAUUAGUUGCCAUCCUAUUUGGGCAUUCAUUUUGUACUGUACGAAUGUUGAUAAGAAUUCAACAUAAGAAAAUUUACCAUUAGCAUUUCUAAGAAAAUGUAGGUAUUGUUUCAAUUUUUCUGUCCAUCCAUGAUUAUCCAAUAAAUGACCUGGCACCGUUACACGGUCGACAACGAAUGUGUGUUGAUAACCAAAAUAGUAGUGAGUAUGUGUGACAAAUUACAUUAGUGUAGUUGGAAGAAGAUGAAAAUCUAUUGACACCAUGAUUCUGCUUAUAAAUCUUGAAUAUUUGAAUUGUACCGUUAGUUCAUGUUGAUGGCUUGAAGUGAUCACAACACGCGUGUCAAACUAAAAACAAUUGGUAUCAAAUUAAAAAGAAGUGAAAAGGCAAUUUAUCGUUAUUUUUAUUCAGAACAAAGCGAAGAAAGUGUUUAUUUUUGACGAUGGAAAACAAGCCAUACUUGGAAAUUGUUGAACAACCAGCGGAAAAAUCCUUUCGAUUUCGUUAUGAAAGUGAAGGUCGAUUGAGUGGUUCGAUUCUUGGUGUAAAUGCAACAAGAGACGUUCCCAGCUAUCCAACAAUCAAAGUUCAUAAUUACAGUGGAAUGGUUGCUAUACGCAUAUCUUGUGUAACCAACGAACAAAGCGCGAAAGCAACACCCAGACAGCAUCCGCACAAAGUGUCAACCAAGGAGGUGCGAAAAAGUGGAGAAGCUUUUAUCGUGCGUAAUGUGGGAAAUUUGGGAGAGAUUCAAAUCAAGGAUAUUGGUAUUGUGUUUGUCAAAAAGCAAGAUAUUAAAGAAUCGUUAGAACAUCGAAAGAGUAUGAAUAUCGAUCCAACGAAAGGUGGAUGGAGUUACAUAUCAAGACCGCAACACAUUGAUUUGCAUUGUGUGCGUCUAUGUUUUGAGGCGUUCAAGUAUAAGCCUAACGAAAAAACCCAAUAUGAACCAAUCGGAUAUGUCCUAUCCACACCAAUUAUGGAUAAAAAAUCCAACGGAUCGUUGAAAAUUACGGAAAUGAGCACGCUUAGAGCAUCAGUCGUGGGUGGUGAUAAGAUAAUUUUGCUGUGUGACAAGGUGAAACGGGAAGACAUAUCCGUUGUAUUUUAUGAAGAAGAUGACAAUCAGAAAAUAAUCUGGAAAGAAGAGAUCCACUACAAAAAUUCUGCGUCAAUGAAGGUUCACCACCAGUAUGCGAUUUCAUUUCAAACGCCCAAGUACAGGGAAUUCGAUAUUGGAGAACCGCAGAAAGUAUUUGUUCAACUGUAUCGACCAUCAGAUAAUGAGCUCAGCGAACCACUUCAAUUCGAAUUUCUGCCCAAUAGUGCACACAGUGUUCAACUACGGCGUAAAAAACAGAAAAAAAUGAACGAUACGGCUACGAAGGAACUGAAUUCGUAUGCAGCCUCAUUGAAAAAGGCGGAAAAGCCCAAAUUUGUGCCAAAUAUACAAGUUGGAAAUAUUUUGACUGGAGUUAACAGGAAUAACGCAGUAGAACGGCCAGCAAAUCCACCGACCCUCAUCAAUUUGGCGGAAGAAAACAAAGAGAAUAUUCAAAUGCCAAUGAACAAUCAACUGCCGAACACAUUCCAGCAAGCAUCGGUUCAGUCGCAGUAUCAGCGACCAAUGGCCAAUACAAACCCAUAUGAUGAACAAUACAAUUAUCCAUGUGGCACAUAUUCGAACACGCCGAACUAUCCAUCGUACUAUUAUACACCAAUGGCUCAGCAUCAAAAUGUCAAUAGUCAUUUUGGUGAGCCAUCAAUUGCCCAAGCACCGUCGUACAAUGCACGGCCAAUAUUGCUACCGAAUAUAUACCAACAGCAACAGCAACAGCAACAGCAGCAACAACAACAACAACAGCACGCCCAAGCAAAUCUAUAUGCAAAUGGUCAACAGCAAGGAAUGGGGUAUAUGGAUCCAACGAUAACUACAACUACAAACCAUCCGAUGAACUCGGCCAUGAAUUGCAUACCAUUGACUUACAACAAUGACACUAACAAAACCGUUGAAUAUUCCAUCCAUAGUAACCAAGUAAUGAACGACAAUUUGGAGCCAAACCGUACAAAUUUGUCCGAAUUGGAACGGGGUUUAAGUAAGUCAGAGCUAUUGAAUUUCACCACGGACGUCGAAGAAAACGACAACAUGGGGGAGCUGUCCGAAAGUUUGAGUAGCAUUAGCUUAAACAAUGCUAAUUUUAAUAAAUUUUGA